UUACCCCUCAUCUCCUUUCUUUUCCUUGCCACUAUGUUGCUAACUUUUCUCCUCACCCCUAAUAUGCUAAUUUCCUCUUCACUUCUUUCUCACCCUCUUCUAGUUUUUCUCUUCCUUUGUCAUUUUUACACUCCAUCCUAUUCCCAUUAUUUCCCACCCUCUCCAUGCUCACCUCUGUUGUUUCUGCAUUUAUCCACUCUCUCUCUCUCUCUUCAGACUACACCACCAUGCCUCCUGAGCACCAGCCCCAAAACCAGAUUAAGCUCAGGAUCCUGCAGGGCAACCUUAGUGCCCUCAACCUGGCUGUCAGGGAGUUUGUGGAGGCCAACGUGACUCUAUGCCAGCCUGACUCCCUCCAUAUCUGUGACGGCUCUGACGAGGAGAACCGUGCCAUCCUGGCCCAGCUGGAGGAGCAGGGGGUGAUCAAGAAGCUGACCAAAUAUGAAAACUGUUGGUUGGCCAGGACCGACCCACGGGAUGUGGCUCGUGUGGAGAGCAAGACGGUGAUUGUGACCCCAGAUCAGAAGGACACGGUGCCCACACCACUGGGGGGUGGAGUCAGCCAGCUAGGCCGCUGGAUGUCCCCAGAAGAAUUCGACAAAGCCAUGGUUCAGCGUUUCCCUGGCUGCAUGAAAGGUCGCACCAUGUAUGUCAUUCCCUUCAGCAUGGGUCCAGUAGGUUCCCCCCUCUCUAAGAUUGGAGUGGAGCUGACUGACUCUCCAUAUGUGGUGGCCAGUAUGAGGGUGAUGACCCGUAUGGGGAAGACUGUCCUGUCUGCCCUGGGAAACGACGAGUUUGUCCGCUGUUUGCACUCUGUCGGCUGUCCUCUGCCACUCAGAAAGCCCCUGGUGAACAACUGGCCCUGUAACCCUGAGCAGACGCUAAUCGCUCAAAUCCCAGACCGCAGGCAGAUCAUUUCAUUUGGUAGUGGUUAUGGAGGAAACUCUCUGCUGGGAAAGAAAUGUUUUGCCCUGCGUAUUGCCUCACGUAUUGCCAAGGAGGAGGGCUGGCUGGCUGAGCAUAUGCUGAUCCUGGGUAUCACCAAUCCUGCUGGGGAGAAGAAGUACAUGGCUGCAGCCUUCCCCAGUGCCUGUGGAAAGACGAAUCUGGCCAUGCUGAACCCCACGCUGCCAGGCUGGAAGGUCGAGUGUGUGGGAGAUGACAUUGCCUGGAUGAAGUUUGAUGACAAAGGCAACCUACGUGCCAUCAACCCAGAGAACGGCUUUUUUGGUGUUGCGCCCGGCACCUCGGUCAAAACCAACCCCAACGCCAUGGCGACCAUAGUCAAGAACACCAUCUUCACCAAUGUUGGAGAGACCAGUGAUGGUGGUGUGUACUGGGAGGGAAUGGAUCAGUCACUGCCUCAGGGAAUCACCCUGACCUCCUGGAAAAACAAACCCUGGAGCUCAGAAGAUGGCGAACCCUGUGCCCAUCCCAACUCUCGUUUCUGCACUCCAGCCGGUCAAUGCCCCAUCAUCGAUCCACUGUGGGAAUCCCCAGAGGGAGUCCCCAUUGAGGCCAUCAUAUUCGGAGGGCGCAGGCCAGAAGGUGUCCCCCUGGUGUAUGAGGCUUUCAGCUGGCAGCAUGGCGUGUUUGUCGGAGCAGCCAUGAGGUCAGAGGCCACUGCUGCAGCAGAACACAAAGGCAAAGUAAUUAUGCAUGACCCGUUUGCCAUGCGCCCCUUCUUUGGCUACAACUUUGGGCAGUACCUCUCUCACUGGCUCAGCAUGGCCAAUCACCCUGGUGCCAAGCUCCCCAAGAUCUUCCAUGUCAACUGGUUCCGCAAGAGCCCCACAGCCGGCUUCCUCUGGCCUGGUUUUGGUGACAACAUCCGUGUUCUUGACUGGAUGUUCAGGCGUGUGAACGGCGAGGAUGGCGCCGUGCCCUCCACCGUGGGCUACCUGCCCUGCCACAACUCCCUGAACCUCCAGGGCCUGCAGUUUCACGUGGACCUGGGAGAGCUGUUCUCCCUGGAUCAGAAGUUCUGGCAGAGGGAGGUGGAAGAGGUGAGGAAGUACCUCACUACACAAGUGAAUGAUGACCUGCCCAAAGAGGUGGCCAGGCAGCUGGAGCUCCUGCAGCAACGAGUGAAACAGAUGUGAAGAUUAAAAAAGAGGGAAAGAACCAUGUUAUCAAUUCUCAGUGAGCA